AUUAUCCGAGAAAGUGUUCGCCAGCAGCAACUUGAUAGAUUUUGGAAAUUAUGGAGCAAUGAUUAUCUGAGAAAUUUGCCGCCUGCUGUGAAAGGAUUUGUGCAAAAUUGCAAUGUAAAGAAAGGUGCUGUUGUCCUAGUCAGAGAAGACCAUGUUCCUAGGCUUAAAUGGCCAUUAGGUGUAGUUACUGAAGUAUUCCCUGGUAAUUAUAAUAUCAUUAGGAGUGUUAGGGUUAAAACUGACAAAGGAACAGUCAGUAGACCAGUGCAGAAGUUGCAUGAUCUUGAAAUGUAUAAUCCUCUGUAUGAAGAUUCUGAAGAAAAUAUUAUACCAUCAGUUCUUGGAAACGGUGAAAAUGGUUCCUCUGAGCCUUGUGAAGAGAACAUUGUGAAACCCACCUCCUAUAGUCGAUGGGGUCGUGCAAUAAGAACCCCAGUGAAACUUGAUUUGUAAUGAUUUGUA